AUGUCUUCCUACGGCCUUCUGGAUGCCCUCCACAAGUCGCGCCUCUUAAAUGUCGAAGAAAAACCAUUCAAGCGCAUCUCAAAGCGCCUCCUAAACCCCGAAUCCCUCAUUAUAACGCAAGCCUCGCUCCCUCUCACUCCUCCGCCCGAAGACACCGACGCCGACCCAACCAUCGAAACGGAAAAACAGAAAAAGCUCGAUGAAUGGCGCCACUUCCGCGAGGAUGUCUCACUCGACUUUGCCGCCUUCGAGGGCAGCAUUGCGCGCGUCCAGUUCCUCUUGACCAGCAACGAGCAUGAACGCAAGCGCUACGCCACCGAGCGGGUCCAGAUCUUGUCGACAAUGCAAUCUGUCCGGGAGAGCACCGCCGACCUCCGGAGUCAGCUUGAAGAGGCACAGAGACUCCUCUCCCUGCGGAAGACCUACGAUGAGCUGGCGGAUAAGAUUACAAGUAACCGCCUGCUCAAGCCGCGCGAAGACCAGCAGUCGAACCUUCAGAAGUUGCGGAUGGAGAUCUCAGACCUGGAGAAGGAGAGCAAGGAUUACGCCAAGACGUGGGCUGAGCGACGCGAGCAGUUCGGACGUAUUGUCGAGGAGGGCAUGCAGCUCCGCCGCCUGAUCCGCGAUGAGAAGGAGGAGGUCGAGCGCCGGGAAGGUAUGCAAGAGGGCGAGGAUAACGACGAGGGCGAUCUUACGUCUAAGGGCAAAAUCAGCAAUGCGAAUACCCCCGGCCCGGACAGUGAUGUCUUGACCCCAUCGCAGAACAGCCAGGAUGAAGGUAGUCGGCCAUCUGCCCUGCAGAUUGACAAGACUGGUACUACGGGUGCUGCGUCGCCUCUACGACAGGUCACCAGUGCACAGGGUGAUGGGGCCGACGAUGCCGACAUGAUCGAUGAAGGCGAGGUCUCUGCAGACUCUGAGGGCCAGCUAUCGGAACUCGAGGAGGGAGAGGAACUCCCUGAUGACAUGUACAAUGAGAAGAUGGAUACCACCUAG